AUGAUCAUCAAAACCACCCUUCCCCCAUCCACAAUAACAACAACUUCAACCCUCACAGUCACCACAACGUCCAUCACUACCCCAACCCCUUCCGCCUCCUGCACUCCCGGCACCUGCGGCACCUACACAUUCACCCCCUGCCCUUCCGCCCCCUUGGGUGAUUGUCUCUGCGGCCUCGACCCGGACGGCCAAGCCUUCUGCUCGCUAGAUGACUGGUGCCAGAACGAGAUCGGCUGCGAUACCAACGCCGAGUGCCUGACGCCAGCAUCAGGGCAGACCGGGGAAGGUUUCAGGUGCCUGGUGGGCAGUUGUUGCGACAACGAGGUGGCGGAUGAUGGUCAGGGAGGAGGGGGUGUGGUGAAAAGGAAGGGGAAGUGUGUCAAAGAGAGGGGGGCGGGUUGUUUGAAUGAGGUCGUCGAGGCGGGGUUGAGGUUGAGGGGGUUAGGGGUCUAUGGGAUGUCGAGGAUGGGGAGAUUGAGCAGGAUGGCGGACAAGGUUGGAGGAGUGAGAGGGUUGAGUAAUGGUGGGGGGAGGUGGUGA